AUGUCAAAUCCACCUCCAUUACCUCCUAGGGCCGAAGAUGAAAUCCCUAUAGAUACUGGCUCAGAUACUGUUAAAGAAUCUUCGAAUUCAGAGAUGGGAAAAAACGUACAGGGAAGUCAAGCUAAUAGUUCGAAUACAUCUGGGUCACCGAGCUUAUCCGUAAACUUAGAUGAUGGUUUGUCUGCAAUAUCUAUGAUACAGCAACAAGAGCUAUAUAAUUCACCUUGGAUGAAUGAGUGCUUCGAUGCGUUUACUUUUGAUAACCUAUGGAAUGAUAAUAUUAUUAAUGAAUUAAGAGCUACCGAAAACAAAUAUUUCGACGAAGAUAAGUUUUGGUAUGAUCUCAUCACCAAUUCUAUAAACCGAUUGCUUGUAGAAAAGAGAGCAGGAGAGAUUGAGAAACAUAUAUCCAAUGGCAUUCCUCUAGAACUUAGACCGUUGUUGUACAUGAAAAUUAUGCAAUUGAAAAACAAGUUAACUAAAGAAAGCUAUAACUCAAUGUUGAAAAGGGCUACUGCUUUUGAAAUACAAGAGGAAGAAAAGAACAAAGCGCCUGUUAAUCCUUUCAAAAGUGGAAGAUCUAAUGACAUAUUUAAGAUAUAUGAUUACUAUGCGAGGGUCCUUAUAUCGGCUAAUGGCUCAAGUGUUAUUUCAGGCGAGGACUCUUCUGUCCCUUUAGAGACAACUGUUAUUAUUUCGAACUUGAUUAAGGUGCUCUCAGAAUCAUCUAUCGCUCAAAACGAAAAAAUACUCUCUUUAGCUUUGAAGUUUCACAAAUUUCUCUCGAGCUUAUCUAAGGGUGAAUUAUAUUACAAAGUUAGCAGAUCUUUGGAAGACAAGCUUCCUGAUUUGUUUCUUCAUUUGACCAAACAGGGUAUAGAUCUAAGAAUAAUUUACCAUAAAGCUUUGAGCGACGUUUUACUGAGAGAUGAAAGUGACAUUUCGGUAAAGUUUUUAGAUUUCAUUAUCUUUGAAGGAUUCAACUUUAUCAUAAGAUAUAUCGUCUAUUUGUUUAAUGAAAGGAAGGAAUCGUUACUGUCGUUAAGUGGGAAUUCUUUGUUCCAGUACUUUGUUUCUGACGAUUUUUUGAAGAUAGCCAUCCAAUUUGACUCUAUAAUGGAAUUUGAACCCAAUUUAAUUAAGUAUGAAAACGAAUAUCAUCUCAUUCAUGUUAACUCAUUGAACAAUAACAACAAUGAAUUGAUCAAUCUUAAAGAAGUCAGCGAGGCGCUUCAUUCUAAAAUUAAAGACUUAAAUCAUCAGAUUGAAAAUUUGAAUACUACUCAUGAAGAGAUCUUGGGGCAGAGUAAAGAUAUUUCUGUCAAGCUUGGUACUGCUUUGAAAGAGAAGGAGUCUUUAAAUAUCUUGAAAAAAGAACUUCAAGAGAAAUAUGAAGCUCUAACAAUGAAAGAAAAUCUAAAAAAUACAAUUAAGGCGAACAAGGAGUUUUCAGAUAGAAACUCUGAGCUAGAGAGUCAGAUAUCUGAACUCAAGAAGAAGGUGCAAGAUAAAAGGAUUCAGUUGGCUAAGUACUCUUGA